AUGAGGAGGGAGAACCAGAGCAGCGUGUCCGAGUUCCUCCUCCUGGGGCUCCCCAUCCGGCCCGAGCAGCAGGGCGUGUUCUUUGCCCUGUUCCUGGGCGUGUACCUGACCACAGUGCUGGGGAACCUGCUAAUCUUCCUGCUCAUCAGGCUGGACCCUCGUCUCCAUACCCCCAUGUACUUCUUCCUCAAACACUUGGCCCUCACUGAUGUCUCCUUUUCAUCUGUCACUGUCCCAAAGAUGCUGAUGAACAUGCAGGUUCAGUGCCAAUCUAUCACAUAUGCAGGGUGCAUUUCACAGGUGUAUUUUUACAUACUUUUCGGUUGUGUUGAUAACCUCCUCCUCGCGGUGAUGUCCUAUGACAGGUAUGUGGCCAUCUGUCACCCUCUCCACUACACCACCAUCAUGAUGGAGAGGGCGUGUGUGCUCCUGGUGGCUGGCUCCUGGAUUCUCUCCUGUGGCAGUGCCCUUCUGCACACCCUCCUGCUGGCCCAGGUGCCCUUCUGUGAUGACAACAUUAUUCCCCACUUCUUCUGUAGCCUCCCCAUCCUACUCAAGCUGUCCUGCUCAGACACCUCUCUUAAUGAGUUGGUUAUAUUCACUGCAGGGGCUGCGGUUGUCAUUCUUCCAUUGACUGGCAUCCUGGUCUCUUAUGGCCGCAUUGGGGUCUCCAUCCUGAGGGUCCCUUCUACCAAAGGGAUCUGCAGGGCCCUGUCCACCUGUGGCUCCCAUCUCUCUGUGGUGUCUCUGUUCUAUGGAACCAUUAUGGCACUGUACUUUUCCUCCUCAUCGGGCAACUCCAACAACAAAGACAUGAUUGUCUCACUGAUGUACACAGUGGUGACUCCCAUGCUGAACCCCUUCAUCUAUAGCCUAAGGAACAGAGACAUUAAAUUGGCUCUGGGGAUUCUUUUCAGAAACAAUCAACUUUUCGCCAAGUGA